GGAGCAUGCGCGGUAGGGCCUACGGACUCGGGCCAUGGCGGAGAAGCGGGACGGGGAUGGGAAUGGGGACUCGGCUGCCAAGCCGUCGGUGCUGUUCCUGCACCCGGAUCUGGGCGUGGGCGGCGCCGAGCGGCUGGUGUUGGACGCGGCGCUGGCACUGCAGGCGCGCGGGUGUAGCGUGAGGAUCUGGACGGCGCACUACGACCCGGGCCACUGCUUCUCCGAGAGCCGCCGGGUGCCGGUGCGCUGCGCGGGGGACUGGCUGCCGCGCGGGCUGGGCGGGGGCGGCCGCGGCGCCGCGCUCUGCGCCUACGUGCGGAUGGUCUUCCUCGCCCUCUACGUGCUCUUCCUCGGCGACGAGGAGUUCGACGUGGUGGUGUGUGACCAGGUUUCUGCCUGUAUCCCAGUGUUCAAGCUGGCCAGACGACGCAAGAAGAUCCUGUUUUACUGCCACUUCCCUGAUCUGCUUCUCACGAGGAGAGACUCUUUCCUGAAACGCCUGUACAGAGCCCCGAUUGACUGGGUGGAGGAAUACACCACAGGCAUGGCCGACUGCAUCCUGGUCAAUAGCCAGUUCACAGCCGCCAUCUUUAAGCAGACUUUCAAGUCCCUGUCUCACAUAGACCCGGAUGUUCUCUACCCAUCGCUAAACGUCACCAGCUUUGACUCAGCUGUCCCUGACAAGCUUGAUGACUUAGUCCCCGAGGGAAAAAAAUUCCUGUUGCUCUCCAUCAACAGAUACGAAAGGAAGAAGAAUCUGGCUCUGGCACUAGAAGCCCUGGUAGAGCUACGGGGAAGGUUGACAUCCCAAGACUGGGACAGAGUCCACCUGAUCAUGGCAGGGGGUUACGACGAGAGAGUCCUGGAGAACGUGGAGCACUACGAGGAGCUGAAGACAGUGGUCCAGCGGUCUGGCCUGGGCCAGUACGUGACCUUCCUGCGGUCGUUCUCAGACAGACAGAAGAUCUCCCUGCUCCACGGGUGCACGUGUGUGCUGUACACCCCAAGCAACGAGCACUUUGGCAUCGUACCUCUGGAGGCCAUGUAUAUGCAGUGCCCAGUGAUCGCGGUUAACUCGGGCGGGCCCCUGGAGUCAGUCGUCCACUCCGUCACAGGGUUUCUGUGUGAGCCCGACCCCACACACUUCUCAGAAGCGAUCGAAAAGUUCAUCCGUGACCCUUCACUAAAAGCUACCAUGGGCCGGGCAGGCAGGGCCAGGGUGAAGGAGAAGUUCUCCUCAGAAGCGUUUACCGAACAGCUUUACCAGUAUGUCACCAAACUGCUAGUAUAAGCACCCCAGCUAAUUAAAACCUUCGUAUCAUGCUCAUUAAUAGUCGUUUCUAUUAAUUGGCCUGGUUUUGAAACCAUUAAAGAAGCCAGGAAUCUAGAGCAGAAGAGAUUUUAAAAUAAUUUUUUUUUUAUUAUCUUUAUUUAUUGGAUAGAGACAGUCAGAAAUCGAGAGGGUAGGGGGAGAUAAAGAGGGAGAGAGAAAGAGAGACACCUGCAGCCUUACUCCAGCACUUGCAAAGCUUUCCCCCUGCAGGUGGGGACCAGGAGCUCAAACUUGGGUCCUUGCGCAUUGUAAUAUGUGCACUCAACCAGGUGCGCCACCACCUGGACCCUUAAAAAUAAAUUCUGUUAUUGAAUCUUCA